CAUUCGCGGCCCCGCGCGGCCCCGCGCGGCCCCACCGCCCCCAUGGGGACCCCGCGCCCUCCCCCAGGGCCCUCGCCUCCUCUGGAAUCCUGCAAGUUGACGCCAAACCCUACUUUCUUUUUCCCUUUCCUUCGUGCCCUUUCUUUCCCUUGCUUCGCCGAGACGCUUCUCGACCUCAAAAUUCCACCGAAAUCCCAGCGGGGCUCCAACCCGGGAUCAGGGAGCCAGGGAACGAUCGGGCUUUGGCAGGCGGCGCGCCCUCGGAUGCCAGUGCUGGGGCGGGGAAGGGGGGCACAGCGCUGGGUGGGGGUGGGGGGAUCCACCUCGGUGGGCUGGAGUGGUGGGCACCCUCAGAAAAACUUUCCAGGUGAGGUGGAAUUGGGCUCCCCUGGGCUUGGGGCUGGGCGAGGAAGGACAUCUGGCCUGGCCUUCGCCCAACAGCCCAUUUGGGGUUGGCCUGAUUAAGGGGGUUGAGGGAUGGAAGCCCCCCUACUGGGGCAGGUUGCUGGAACCCAGAGAGGCCAUGGAGAACCUCAGUAGGGCCCCGUGGGCUGGCUUUUUGCCCUGUACGGGGCUCCACAAACAGGCCUGGGCAGGGAGGGGGACCCCCUGGCGCUUUACCCCUUGUGACUGUUUUUUCAGGACAUCUAUCCAAACGGGAGACUUAGGUCACUGCAGGGGUGGGUGGGGCUGGUUUGGCUGCUUUAACUCCCCAGCAAAUAUCUUGCCCUCAGGGCUCCUUGUCCCCAGGCGAUGGGAGGGAGGAAGAGACAAAGCUGGGCAGUGCAGGUUCCAGCUCUGAUGCUCACAGGCCUCUCUGGCCUUGGGGCUGUUAGCCAAGGGGGUAUGUUUUUUCCUGGGCCAUUCAGUUUAACCAAAACAACAAAUACCCAGCAGAUGGACCUCUGCAGCCCCUCAGCCUUCCCCAUGGGGUUAUUUUUGCUCCUCAGCCUCACCAAGCCCAGCAUCCUGACACAAGGCCAGGUGCUUGGGGCAGGCCCCUCAUGGCCAGACUCAAGCGAGCCUCUCCCUGUUGCCCCUGUGUUCAGCAAUGCUCCCCAUCCUCAGACCCCACCCGGCUCCUGGUUGCACCCGGUUGCCCUUGGGCUGCCCUGCUGCCCAGGUGGGAAGUUUUCAGUACUCCUACCCGUGGGAAGGUAUGGCCCAGGGCACCUGGGCUUGGGUGUGUGAGUGGCUGGAGAGGAGUUUCCAGAAAAUCCGACUUAGGUGCAGUGAGGGCUUUGGUGCUCAGCAAGAUAUGGUGAAGCACGAGAGAAUCUUCUCAUUGGGAAACCAGGUGGGCUUCCUGCAGGGAAAGAGAGGGAGUACCUCCUUCCCACCCACCCUGCAGAGCAGCCAGGCAGGCAGGGGUAGGCUCAGGAGGACCCACACGGCUCCUUAGUCUCAAGGGCUCAUUCUCAGGCACCCACUGGGAAGGAGCUGGACCACGGCUGCACCCAUCAUCCUGGCUCCCUGCCCCUUCCCACUGACCGCCUAGUUGUAAGGUGGCUGCAGGUGAGGCUGGUGGCUGUUUCUGCUUUGGGUUGGCAUCAAAGACUUCAAAGAUCAGGGAGCUUCAAUAUGCCCUGAGGCAACUUCUCAUUUUCUGAAUGUCUCCCAUCUGCCUGGAUUUCCUGGCAUUUGCGUCUCAGACAUUGCAGGGAAGUCAUCGAAUAGCCCAAGUUUUUAACCCCACCUCAGCUCGUAGGUCCAGGCAGGGCUCAGAGCCACAUGCCACAGCCCGAGUUGGCCCCCUUGCACCACAUUUCCUUCACCCGCGGACGGCUUGGGGUACAGAGCAGGGCACCCCCUCAAAAAACCAGCCGCUGUUGAGUUGAUUCUGACUCACAGUGACCCCUCGUGUGUCGGAGUAAAACCAUGGGAUUUUCAGUGGCUGAUUUUUCAGGAGUAGAUUGCCAGGCCUUCCAAGACGCCUCUGGGUGGACUCAAACCUCCAGCCUUUCAGUUAGCAGCCUAGGGCAUUAAUGAUUUGCACCACCCAGGGACUCUGAGGACAUCGCAGAUUAAGGUUAUUAUGAGCCAGGCCCCUGAGGGGCUCUCAGAUAAAGCCAACAGUGAAAUAAUGGUUCCCCACCUUGGCUGAGAGCCGGAUUGCCCGGGGGGCUUUUAAAACCUGCACAGGCCUGGGUCCCUCUGUAAGAUGCCAGUACAGAAGGUCUGGCCCAGGACCUAGGCUUUUGUGCUUUUAAAAGCCCCCACGCCCCAGGUGUUUCAGUGCAGCCGGAGGCCUGGGAGAAGGGCGGUGGCCUGGCACCUGUGUCGGGUUAAUAAGAGGCUGACUUUUCUCUGGCAUGCUUGCUCCUUUUAUUGUUGGUAGAUGCAGACUUUGUAAUGGUCUGCUGUCUGCAAGAGACAAUUGACUUAAGAUACUCAGAUUUCUCUUUAAUGAAACAAUCCUGCCCAUGGGAAGAUUCCUGGGAGCUCUCUCCUGGGCUCUUGCUGAUGGUAAGAUUGGAACCAUGGUCAGCAAAAAGGUUCGUUAUGAGGUUAUAAACAUAGUGUGGAGGUGAUCUGGUCUCCCCGAAGGCCCCAGCUCCCUGACCUUUCCAGCAAAGCCAGGACAGCCAGGAAGCGUCUCCCGUCUCCCUAAGAGAACAUACCCAGUCUGUGCUGCUGGCUGCGAUUCCAUCUAAUGGAGUCCUUCGCCAUCUAUUGCAAGGCUGCAUAGCGACAGUGAUCUGGCUAAGACCAGCUGUGGGCUCCCUUAUGCAGCAGCUCCAUGAGCAUGAGCCUGGAGCUGGUCGGCCGACUGAGCUACUUGGCAGAGCUAGGCUGCCGGGGCCUGCGUCUGGAGCCGUGGGUGAAACAGGGGCUCGCUGGACUAGACCAAGAACAAAAUCUCCCUCUGGCCUGGGUGGCGAUGCCCGGAGGCACUGAUUCUAGAAGAGCUCUUGGAAUGCCGGAUGCUGUCUUUCUCAGGGUGUUCCCUUUCCAGAAACUGCUUUCGCCAAAGUGUAUGGUGGUCUCUCUUACCAGGUGGGGAGGGGCUCACAGCCAAGGCCAAAAGGCCCUUUCCCAGGGUGGACGGGACAAGGGUGGCCUGAUUCCUAGCGGGCCCUGGUGGGCACAGCAUGCACUGGUGGGGACCAGAUUAUAGAAGUGGGUGCCCCAGAAGACACACAGCAAGCCCCCCUAAAUAGCCCUCUCUUCCCAGACAUGUGUGCUUGGGACAGGACACAGGAUCAGAUUCCUGUGCACUGAAUCAGGCCCAAAUGCGUGGUGGCGGCGGAGGGUGGGGGUGCUCUUGAAAGUUGGGCUGUGUCACACUUUUGUGAGUCCCGCUUCUCGUAUUGGCUGGUUUCUGUUUCUGUAAACAGCUAUGGGCUGGCCUGCUCAGCCUCGGGGGAUGUGUGCGAGGGGUGUGACAGGUACAGCUCUGUCCCUGUCCCCAGGCAGCGAGUGUGUAAGUGGUUUGCCAAUGGGUAGUCGGACCCUCCCUGCCUGCCUGGUGUAACAUGACGUAAAGGAAGUCAGACUUGAUGUGUUUCAGGCAAAAAAUUAAUGAUGGAUAAGCUUUCGAAAUGACCAGAAUUCAGAAGGAAGUGCGUGUGCCAGAGCUGAAGAUAGAGGCUCCCAGAGGGAGGAGAGGAGACAGACCGUGGUGGGGGCUGGGACAUCUGGGCUUGACUUCGGACAGUGUCCCUGGAAGGACACGUUUUUCUGGAGGAUGGACCCUGAGCUGCUGGGAGGUGGGGAGAGUAAAGAGGUCUGUGCCAGGUGUGGGCCCGCACUGUGGGGCACAGUAGCUGGGCAGGAGCUCUCCCGCACCAUCCUGUCCCCCUCACCUGUGACCUGAGGGCCCUGUGCAGCCUGGGGUCUGCUCGGCUGCAGGAAUCUGCCAAUUCUUGGGGUGCAGAGCCAGCAACGUGGCCCAGCAGUGGUCUGUGAGCUGCAGGUGGGCUCACACCUGUCUCCUGGUGGCUGCCCCUGUCUCCACAGAUGCAGCGGGGUUGCCUGGCAGGUCCCACUGACAUAGGCUGUGCAGUCCAAGUCCUCCAUCGACUUUUAAGUGAGGGGAUGUGUACAUGAGGGGAGAUGUACGUGGCCACCCUUGUCCUGAUACAGAGCCACCCAUGGACGCCCAGGGGACAGGUGGAGGUGACCCUCCUGCACAAAGAGAUGUGCUUUGAGUUCCUCAGGCUCCACGAGGAUGGAGACAGCAGCAGGAGAAAGAAACAAGAGGAGAUAAAGAGAAGGAAGAAAAGACGGGCCUCAUUGUACUGCCAAGGACACAGCUCCACCCACCCAACACUCACAUGCUUACACUCCCACACCCCACAACACACAUCACACACACACGCAAGAGCUAGAGUGUCUGGACAAAAAGCGUGGAGACACUGCAGCCGUGGGCACCGAGGAUUGUAAGUGGUGGGGGAAGUGGAGGAAGGGAGGAGAAUGGGGCCAGGGAGGAAGGGGACCUCCAGACCCCGGGGUGACAAGAACAUCAGUGUCUCCAUGAGGGCAGGGGACGGAGAGGCCCCACUCACCUGGACCCCCGAGGCCUACGUGCUGGCUGGAAUCCAUCCAAAUUCUGGGCAACGUACAGAGCAACCAGAAUGGAAAUACUGAGAACAUCACGUGUUGUGACGAAGGUGACCUGUGUCGCUGAACAGUUGGUAUAGAAAUUGUUAAAUGGGAACCUGAACUGCUGUGAAAACCACUGAAAACACAAUAAAAUAUUAUUUAAGAAAAACAAAAAGGGAAAAAUGAAAUUCUAGGCAGCGGGUAAAGUUACGGAGGAUUUCAUUUCCUUUGCUUGUCUGUAUUUUCUAUGAUGAUUAUCUAUUGUGCCAUUAUUUUAAAGUUAAAAGGCAUUCGGGACAUGAGUGGAAAGAGAGAGGUGGGGGGCUGUCUUCAGGAUGGGGGGAGGCAGAAGGGCCCACUGAGAGCAUAAGAGAGCUGGGCUGGGGGGGACAGGGAUCCACCGCUCAGGGCACUCGACCUCGACUUGGGCCUCGGAGGUACAGACUGUACAAGCUCCUUGUUCAUGUGCCCAGAGGCUUAAGCAAUUUUUUUAUUUUUAUUUUUGUUGAGAUAUAAUUCACAUAGUCUACAGUUCACUCUUUUAAAGUGGGCGACUCAGCUGUUUGUAGUGUAUUCACAGAGUUGUGCAACCAUGAUCACAGUCAAUUUUAGAACAUUUUUAUCACCCAAAAGGGAACUCUGCACCCAUUAGCAGUCACUGCUUCUUCUCCCCGCCUUCAGGCUCUGGCAGCCACUCUUUGGCUUUCUGUCCUGUGGACUUGCCUAUUCUGGACGUUUUACGUAAAUGGAAGCCUAUAAUACAUGGUCCUUUGUGUCUGUUUUCUUUCACUCAGCGUCAUGGUGUGAGAGUCUACCCAUGUCGUGGCAUGUACCUGGACUUCGUGCCUUUUUAUGGCUGUGUAAUAUUCCAUCAUAUGGACUGACCACAUGGUGUGUAUCCAUUCAUCUGUUGAUGGACACCUGGGUUGUUUUCUACUUUUUGGCCACUGUGAAUAGUGCUACUGUGAAUAUGCUUGUGAGUUCUUUGUGUGGACGUGAAUCGUUUUCCUCUUUAGAUUUUUUUUUUUUAAAGUAGGGUAUCGACACUUCUUACAUUGCCCCCAUUCACCACUUUUUGAAGAAUAAGGGAAAGCAGAGGCAGGAGCUUGGCUUGCUGGGAGAGAACGGGAGGGCACCGGAUUCUCUUCCAGGGUGAUAUGGCAAACCACCUCAGACCUCUGAAUGAUUUUACUCCCAUCUCUAAAUUAAGGAUGAUAUUGUCUGUCCAAAAUAUCUUACUACGAUGUGGUAGAAAGCAGAUCAAAAGGCGUUUAAUAAAGAGACUUCUGGGUAGACCCCUGGGAGUGGGGUGAGAGGCAGGAAGCCACCAGACUAGAUGGAGGGAAGUAGACAGAAAGGCCCAGAACAUUGCAGUACCUGCUUCCUCCUCCACCAUCAGCCUGUCCCGGUGGUGAGCAAGCUCUGCUGGCUGGCCGUGCAGGCUGUUACAGGGAGGGCUCCUGGUUUCUGGAACGUUCUGAUAGAACUUGAUAUCGGGAAGAGGAUUCUGUGCAGAGCAUAAGCAUACAGUGGGGUCAGACCACAGCUGGGUCCCAGUCACCAGGACUGUGUUGGGAAUUUUAUUUUGAAAAAUUUCACAUCUACAGACAAGUUGCAAGAGUAGUACAUGUGCCCUUCAUCGGGGUCUGCCAAGUGCUGGUGUUCUGCCAGACUUGUUUCAUCUCAUAAUUACUAUUUGUGCUGAAUUCUUUGGGAGUAAAAUGUGGACUUCCGGAUACUUCACCCCUCACUCUUUCAGAGGUGUCUGCCAAUAACAAGGACAUUCUCUUACAUAAUGAUAAUGCAGUUAUCAAAUGCAGGAAGUUUAAUAUUGGUGAUAUUAAUGAAUUCAGUCCAUAUUCAGACUUCGCCAGUUGUAACAAUAGUAUCCUUGUGAUGGUCCUUUUUCCUGAUCCAGGAUCCAGUCCAGGACCACAUGCUGCAUUUAGUUGUCAUGUCUAUUUAGUCUCCUUUAGCCAGGACCAGCCCAUCAGCUCCUCUUUGUCAUUCAUGAUGAAGACAAUGCUCGGUACCCCUAUAGGACAGAGUAGAACUGCCCCAUAAGAUUUCCAGGAAGCAGCUGGUGGAUUCAGACUGCCAACCUUUUGGUUAGCAGCCAAGGUCUUAACCCCUUUUCCACCAGGGCUCCAUAUCAUGAAGUGGAGCCCCGGUGGCGUAGUGGUUAAGAGUUCAGCUGCUAACCAAAAGGACAGCACUUUGAAUCCAUCAGCCACUCCUUGGAAACCCUAUGGGCAGCUCUACUCUGUCCUAUAGGGUCGCUGUGAGUCGAAAUCAACUCGGUGGCAACAGGUUUGGUUUGAUUUUGUACUAUAAAGUGUCCUGGUGGCACAAUGGUUAAGUGCUCGACUGCUAACUGAAAAGUUGGCAGUUCAAACCCACCAGGCUUCUGUGGGAGGAGGACCUGGUGAUCUGCUCCUGUAAAGAUUAUAGCCUAGGAAGCCCUACAGGGCAGUUCUGCUGUGUCACAUGGGGUCAGUAUGAGUCAGAAUUGACUCAACGGCACCCAACAACAACAACAUACUAUAAAGUAUGUUCUAUAAAGUUGUCCUUGAAGAGAAAGUUUCCUGACCCCUAACCGAGGUCAUUCAGGUCUGACUGUACAGGUAUGAGCUCCCUGGUACUCUGCGUAUGCAGCUGGCUCGUCCCUCUCCUGGCCACCUGGUUCCUACUUGCCAGAGCAAGCAGGAUGACUUGAGAAGAAACGUACCUGUAGAGCAUCAUCCUCCAAACCCACACGGAAAAAAAAGACGCAGUGAACUCGCGUACCUGCUGUGGGCUUGUGAGGCUUUGGGCAGCGUAGCCUAGAAUAGAGAGAGGCGUGCCUCAGACAAAGGCCUGGCUUUUGGUUUUGGAAGAGACCCUGAGAUCUCUUAAAGGAUUUCUUGGGGACAGAACCUCCUUGGGCGGAGACUUUAUUUGACCCCUUUAGAUCUGUAGUCUGGAGAGAUUGGCUGGGCCUUCCAGCCCUGUCAGCAUGAGGGCCACCUCCUAUUGAGUCAGCAACACAAGUUGACAUUGGACUGGGCUGUGCCAAGGCCCCUCUGGUAUCCUCAGAGACAGUCUGCGCAGAACCCACUUUAAUAGCUGAUCCUUAACCAAGAGCAGAAUGAGGGGCUGGACCAGCAUUUUAGAGAAAAGGAUAAAGUGGAGGGUAUUGGAAGGAACUUUGAAGGGACUGGUUCUGAACCCCUAUUCUGCUCUUCUCUGAACCUCAGUUUCUUCUUCCGCGGAAGCAGGAUUUAACUUUGCAGGGUUGGCCGUGGAGGACACAGGGUCAGUUUUUGGUGAAUGAGUAUGGUGUGUAAAAGCAUCAGGGGGCCCAAUCGAUGGUGGUUCUUGGCCACCCCCCCCCCAGAGCUGUAGACCCCGGACAGUGCUACUGAGGAACUUUCUGACCUCUGCCCUGGAACCCUUUAAAGAGAGUCACUUCUGUGGAACAGAAAAUGGGCUUCCCCUUUCCACUCGAUGUGGCCAGCUUUCAGUCCUUCCUGUUACUCCCAUGACAUGUCAAGCCCAGGCUUCUCGCAGCUGCCAAGUUCGCCUCUGUGGCCCUUCCUCCCUGGGUACCAAUCAAGAGCUCCAAGAAUGUGGGUGGGUUUGAGAGCAGCCCCAGAUGAUGUAACAAGAGCAAAUAUGCUUCUUAAAGAUCACAUCAGUUUGGCAAGUCCUCAAAAACUGAAACAGGGUUACCAUAAACCAAAAACCAAACUCGUUGUUGUCAAGUCGAUUUUGACUCACAGCGACCCUAUAAGACAGAGUAGACCUGCCCCAUAGGGUUUCCAAGGCUGUAAAUCUUUACAGAAGCAGACUGCCAUGUCUUUCUCCCGUGGAGCAGCUGGUGGGUUCAAACUACUGACUUUUCUGUUAGCAGCUGAGCACUUAACCACUGCACCACCAAGGCUCCUUAGAGUUACCGUCAAAGAUAGAAAAACAAACAAACAAACCAUUGCUGUCGAGUCGAUUCUGACUCAUAGUGACCAUAUAGGACAGGGUAGAACUGCACCGUAGGGUUUCUAAGGAUCAGCUGGUGGUUUCUAACUGCCGGUAUUUUGGUUAGCAGCUGUAGCUCUUAACCACUUCUCCCCAGCAGGGUUCCCCAGCAAUUCAGCUCCUAGGUAUAUAGCCAAAAGGCAUUAAAAGCGGGUGUCCAAACAGACCCACGCACACCAGUGUCCGUAGCAGCACUAUCCGCAAUAACCAAAAGGUGGAAAGAGCCCAAAUGUCUGUCAGUGGACCAAUAGGUCCACAAAAUGUGCUCUGUCCAUAUGAUGGGAUAGUGUUCAGCCAGAAGAAGGAAUGACGUUCUGAUACACACUACAGUACAGACACACCUCAAAAACAGUAUGCUGAGUGAAAGAAGCCAGACACCAAUGGUCACGUAUUGUAUGGUUCCAAAAACAAACCAAACCACUAGCCGUUGAGUCAGUUCUGACUUAUUGUGCUCCCACGUGUGUCAAAGCAGAACUCUGUUCCAUAGGGUUUUCAUGGCUGUGACCUUCUGGAAACAGAUUGCCAGGCCUUUCUUCCAAGGCACUUCUGAGUAGACUCAAACUGCCAACCUUUCAGUUAGUAGCCUAGCACUUAACCACUUACACCACCUGGGGAUUCCUGUAUGAGUCCACUUAUAUGAGAUAUCCAAAAUAGGCAAAUUCAUAGAGACAGAAAAUAAAUUAGAGGUUACCUGGGGCUUGAGUCGGAAUCGACUUGAUGGCACUGGGUUGGUGGGGGCUGGAGGGUGGGGGAGAGCUAUUGCUGAAUAGGUACUGAGUUUCUAUUUGGGGUGAUGAAAAAUAUUUUGGAAAUAGGUAGUGGUGAUGAGUAUACAAUAUUGUGAAUACAUGUUAUAAAUAUGUUAACACAAUUUUAAAAAAUCACGCUGAUCCCAACACUAAACAGAAAAGUUACCUGUGAUGGUCUGCUCCUUUGCCUUUUCCACGCUGUGCCACCAUGUCCUGUAAACUCCAGUUAGUUGAGAAUGUUCUAUGCUGACCAUCAAGACCUCAACGUCCCCUCUGGAUUCCAUGACGUGGGCAGGAAGGAAAACAAGAAGAAAGCCAAGAGUGUGACGGAAGCAUUGGACGUGCAGGCUUGUAGUAAUGAUAACUUUACCUUGCGUGUCUAGAGAGUUUGCACAUACCAAUGACAUCUAAGCCACACAAUACACCCUGUAAGGUACGAGGACAUAUCAUCGCCAGGGUCUUCCCAAUGCCAAGGAAGAUCACGUGCCCGUGGUGCACAGGAAGAAAGCCUGGUGAUCUGUUUCCAAAAACCAGCCAGUGAAAACCUUAAUGAAUCACACAGAACAUUGUCUGACUCGCUGGCUUUGGACACGUCAUUAGGAGGGAUCCAUUGCUGGAGAAGUAUUUCACGUUUGAUGAAGUAGAAGGCCAGGGAGAGCGAGGGGGACUCUUGGUGAGACGGCUGGCACAAUAGCCGCAACAAUGGGCUUGGAUAUGCUAGUGAUGGUGAGGAUGAUGCCGUUUGGGCAGCGUUUCGUUCUGUAGUAUGUAAGGUCGCCGUGAGUUGGAGUCGACUUGAAGGUAGCAGCUGUCUGUCUUUCAUCUGUGGAGUCUCUGUGAGUUAGAAUGGACUCAACGGCAAUGGGUUUGUUUUUUUGUUUGAUAUUAUCUAUCAUCUGUCUGUAUAUCUAUCAUCUACCUAUCUCUCUCUCUACCUAUCUACCCACUCACCCAUCCAUCCAUCCAUGACUUUUCAGUGCAAAAGGACUUUUCACAUAUUUUCCUAUUCACGAGGUCUCUGCAGGGUAGGUGAGGCAGCUAUUAGCUCCUCACUGUCUGAGGGGAGCAGUUGGUGACUUGCCCAAGGUCUCACAGCUGAGGCGUUGGUGCCAGGACUCCUGAUCCUGGCUCCGGUCCCUGGAAACAGGAUUUGACUUCAUGGCUUUGGACUUUCCGUUGCUCCGUUCCGUUGGGCCAAGGGUCUUGUUGUCGUUGGAAAUGCCUGACUAGAGCUACAUUUGGUCUUCAGGUUCGCACUUCAGAGCCUUGGAAGGGCCGUUUGGCAGCACCUAGCAGGGGCUUUAAAAACAAGUGUUGUUUCACAACUCCUCAGACGGGGAUUGGGCUGGACAAUGGGAUGGAGAGGGUUGCUGGUGAGGAGUGAGCUUCUUGGAUCAGGUGGACACGAGACUAUGUUGGCAUCUGCUGUCUGGAGGGGAGAUGAGAGGGUAGAGGGGGUUAAAAGCUGGCGAAAUGGACACGAAAAGAGACAGUAGAGGGAGGGAGCAGACUGUCUCAUUAGGGGGAGAGCAAUGGGGAAUAUGCAGCAAAGUGUUUAUAAGUUUUUGUGUGCGAGACUGACUUGAUUUAUAAACUUUCACUUUAAGCACAAAAAAAAAAUGAUAAAUAAGUGUUCCCUUUGAUCAAGCAAUUCUCUGUGUAGGACAUUCUCCUAGGGAAUUCGUUAAGGCACAUGCAAGGAUCGAGACACAAGAGUGUUCAUCUCAGUCUUGCUUGUCUUAGGCAAAUGUUAGAAGCACCUACGCACACAGGAGCAGGCGAGACAGACAAACCACGGUGCCCGAGACUCUGCAGGCAUCAAGUGGUAGUAUUAAGUUUUUUUUUUUUUAAUUGAAAUGUAAAAAGUUAGGGGAAAGUAGACAUUCUUCUACAAGUGUCCAUUCCCUCAUUUUCUGUACUGAAUUUGAAUUAUACAUGUAAUUUUAGUUAAUUUUUUUACUGAGGUAAACAUAUAUAUAUACCUAUAAUAAAAAAAUUGCCAUUUCAACAUUUUUUACAUGUACAAUUCAGCACUUGGCUGUUAACCAAAAGGUUGGUGGUUCGAACCCACCCAGCGGCUUCAUUGGAGAGAAAGUUGUAAAGAUUACGACCAAGAAAAAAGAUUACAGCCUCCUUUUUUUUAUAAAGAUUACAGCCAAGAAAACCCUAUGGGGCAGUUCUACUUUGUCGCAUGGGGCCGCUAUGGGCUGGAAAUUGACUCAACAGCACCUAACAACAACGACAAUUAUGUUAUCACGUGCAGCUAUACCAUUAUCUAUUUACACAUUUUUCUGUCACCCGUAACAGAAGCUCAGUGCCUCCUAAGCAGUGACCCCCCUCUUCCCCUCACUCUCACCUGCCCUGGUAACCACUAAUAAACUUUGGUCUCUAGACCAAAUUCCAGGUAUUCUCCAAUUCUAGGUAUUUCAUAUGUGUGGCAUCACACAAUAUCUGUCCUUUUAUGUCUGCCUUCUUCCACUAGGCGUAAUGUUAUAUUGUUGUUAGGUGCUGUCAAGUCAGUUCUGACUCAUAGCGACCCUGUGUGCAACAGAACGAAACACUGCAGGGUCCUGCGCCAUCCUCACGAUUGUUGCUGUGUUUGAGCCCAUGGUUGCAGCCACUGUGUCACUCCAUCUCAUUGAGGAUCUUCCUCUUUUUCACUGACCCUCUACCUUACCAAGCAUGAUGUCCUCCAGGGACUGGUCCCUCCUGAUAAGAUGUCCAAAGUACAUGAGAUGAAGUUUCACCAUCCUGGCUUCCAAGGAGCAUUCUGACUGUACUUCUUUCAAGACAGAUUUGUUCAUUCUUGUGGCAGUCCAUGGUAUAUUCAAUAUUCUUUUGGAUGAUCUUCGGUACAAUUGUACUUGUGUGUGAUAUAAAUGAUAUUAUUGUUCAAUAAUUGGUGGAGCCAUAAUGUUAUGGAUGUGAUUUAAAGUUAGAAUUUGAUAAAGUACAGGUCUAAUUCCAGUCAACAAUAGUGUGGGCCAGACCUGUAAGGCUGGGCUCGGUUCCCUGUCAGGAGGCAGAACCUGUGUAGGCAGAAAAACCGUUCAGCAGAGCAGAUUAAUCCAGAGGGUAGGCGCUGCAUUGUAGGAAUUACUAGGGUCUUUGUCUUUGGUCAUCUAGGGCUGCCAUAACAGAAAUAUCGCAAGUGAGUGGCUUGAACAAAGAGAGGUUCAUUCUCUCCCAGCCUAAUAGGCUACAAGUCCAAAUCCAGGACGCCAACUCUAGGGGAAGGCUUCCUUUCUCUGUUGGCCCUAGACAAAGGUCCUUGUCAUCAAUCUUCCCUUGGUCUAGGAGCUUCUCAGCACAGGAACCCCAGGUCCAAAGAACGUGCUCUGCUCCUGGUGCUGCUUUCUUGGUGGUAUGAUGUCCCCAACUCUCUGCUUGCUUCCCUUUCCUUUUAUCUCUUCUAAGAUAAAAGGUGGUGCAGGCCACACCCCAGGGAAACUCCCUUUAUGUUGGAUUAGAGCUGUGAUCUGGUAAGGGUGUUACUUCCCACCCUAAUCCUCCUUAACAUAAUCUAAUCAAACUCAUCUUGCCUUUUUAACCACAGGCAGAGAUUAGAAUUUACAUCAUGUAGGAAAAUUACAUCAAUCACAAAAUGGAGGACAACCAUACAAUACUGGAAAUCAUGGCCUAACCAAGUUGACACAUAUUUUAGAGGGAUACAAUUCAACCCAUAACAGUCAUGUCGGGAGAGCCCGGCUUGGGAGAACUGCUCUAAGUUGGCAAAGGCUGGAGAGAUGGCAGUGGGGGCAGCUCUGUGAUAUUCGGAAAGGGUUGUCAAAAGCCCUGUUGCUAUUGCUGGGUGCCGUUGAGUCGAUCCCAACUCAUAGCGACCCCAUGUGACAGAGAAAACAGCCCCAUAGGGUUUUCCUGGCUGUAAUUUUUACGGGAGCAGAUUGCCAGGUCUUUAUCCCACAGGGCCGCUGGGUGGAUUUGAAACACGCACCUUCCAGUUAGCAGUUGAGUGCUUAACUGCUGCACCACCAGGGCUCCUCAUCCUUUCCUCUGUUGUUGUUGUGUAUGUCUAGUCAAUCCCGACUCGGGGAGACUCCAUGUGACAGGGUAGAGCUGUGGAUAGGGCUUUCUGUCUGUAACCUUUACACAAGCAGAUAUCCAGGUCUUUUCUCCUGCAGACUCAGUAGGUGGGUUCAAACCAGCAACCUUUCGGUUAGCAGCCAAGCGCUUAACCUUUGUGCCGCUAGGGCUCCUUGUCAAAGGCCCUGAAGGCUGUACUUUUUGGCCACCAUGUCGGUCCCUUCCUUUCUAGAACUUUCUGUUGCUUCAGGGUAGAUAGACAGGCCCAUGCUGAAAGGCCAGUAUUUGGGGACAUUUCCUGGGAAGGGGAAAUGGACACAUGGCUUCAUAUCUACAGGGCCAAGAAGAGGGACCAAAGGAAGUGGGUGGGGGAAGGUGGACUGUGAUCGAAGCUACUUCCAUCCAAGAAUGUUCACACGUGGAUACCUCCUCCUGGCCUGCGCUGGGCCUAGGGCAGCUCGGCCUGAGUCAUCGACCAGACAACCUCUCCAAGGGCCCUCCCAGCACAAGACAAAGGCUUUUUUUGUCCCAGGUUCAGCUCCCCUGAGACUUAAACCUCCCGAGAUUCCCAAACAUCAGCCAAAUUCUUGCAGUUUGUUUUAUUAAGAAACAAAACCCUGAGAACCAGUUGCCUUGACUUCUUGGGACCCAGAGCAUGUUCCCUAAAAAAAAAUGGAAUUAAUUAACUGUCAAAUUUGUGGAGGAUUUCCCAGCCUAGAAGCAAGGUCGAGAGUGCUCGAGGUCUUCUUUCGUGCAGGUGAGUAGGUGACGGAGGGGGACCACACCAGGGUCCUUUCUCCGUAGCCUCUGGUUCAUCUCUGCUCAACUGGGCAUCCUUGAGGUGUUUGGAAGCAGGAGCUUGCUUCCCCUUCCUGCUCUCCAAGUUGGAACAUCAGGUCUCUCUAUAGGAGAAGAGGCAUUAAACAUUGUCAGCGGGGCCUGACCCUGAAGUAUACCUGUUUGGCAGCCUGAGGCUCAGGGAGAAGAGCGACACCCUGAAGAUGAGUGAUGCUACGAGCUGGGCGAGGAGGGACGGCUCUAACACCAGGUGUUGCAGGGAGGAUUUUCACAUGCAGCAAACAGCGCUCACACACCUGGCAGCUCCAAAAUGCCCCUCCUUGGCCAUCCGUCUGCUCACCUGACUGAGCCAAACCUCUGUGAUUGCUGUGUGUCCUGACCUGCAUUCUUUCCCCCCUGUCUGGCUCGUCACUGUCCCUGACUUCACCCCUUCCCUGAUGUCACAGCACAACAGCUCUGUGGUUCCCAUGGCAACAGGCUGCCACAGUUCACCAGCUGGAGCAGAUCCUGGGCUGCUGGUGGAGGUGGGGACCUGCGAUUCCAGCCAGCCGUGGUCAGUGGGCCCCAGAGACGCCAUGCAUACCACCUCUGGGCUGAGACACUUGUGCCUACCCCCUGUCCACUGGGAGGGUGGUGUCCUUUUGUGCCCAGCUGUUUGGUGAGGCUCCCAAGAGGGCCUGGGGCCGCUGGCAGCUGUGGGAAGUGGGCUAAUAAGGGUCUCCAGGCUGCAUCUCCAGAACCUGAGUUUUAAAGUUCCUGCGGGGGCUCUCCAUGUACCAUUUGAUCUGGGAGGAGGGAAGUAGAUGCUGGUGAGAUUGAGUUGGAAGUGAAUAUGGUUGUUUGCAGGAGUGGGAGGUGGGGGGCAUGAAGCAAGAACAGCAGAGGAUAUUGGGGGCCCCUGACCUAGGCUGGGCACUUGGAACCUGAACCAGGUUUGGGGAAAGCAGGUGAGUGACAUUGUCAGGAAACAUUUAGUAAGCCACCAGUCGGAUCAGCUGCCAGCAGUCCACGCGGCUGUCCCGGUGCCUCGUCUGUGAGCCUGGGGAACAUCAUUCUCUGCCUCUGGGCCCAUCUUUGUGAGGCCCGUUGAGGAGUUAACUCAUGUAUGCAGAGUGAGACACGAUGAGCCUCAUCUUCUUCAUCCAGAGGUGGAUGUCCACCGCCUCGGCCUUCUAGAAUGCUGGUCCCAGUGAUGGCUGGGCAUUGGAGAGCUGGUUAAACACACAGAUUCAUAGGUCCCACCUCCAGGGCUCAGGUAAAAAGAAACUCACUGUGGGUCCUGGCAGGGACUCCCCAGUUGGUUCUGACAAGCCAGUCCAAAAACCAGCAUGUUUAGGAAGCGCCGCUCCAGAAGUAGCUACAAGUCCAGGACCUGGGCGAAAACCAAGGCCCUGGGCAGCCAGCUGGAGUCAGAGUGCAUUUCUAGACUGUAGGACUCAGAGAAGUUUAGAGUGUAUCUGACGUUUGUUUUAUCCAACCUUUGCUUGAAUGCUUCUAGUGAUGGGCAUCUCACUUCCUACCAAGUCAGCCCAAUGAUUUCAAGACAGCCCUGUAGAAAGUUCUGCCUUCCACCCAGCCAGUCUUUGCCUGUCUGUGAUGUGUUCUUGGUGGUCUAGUCCUGUCAUCUGGAGACACACACAGGCCUUGCUCAAUCUCUCGGAACGUUCCAGAAAGCAGUGUGCAUCCUCCCGUCUCUGUAGGUUUGGCGUGGAACCAACAUGGCAUCUGUGGUUUCUCAGACCCAGGGCCCCUUUAGCCUCCACCCUGGGCUCAAACCACCUUCCCCCAGAAGUGGCAUCUGCAAAGUUCUCAGAAUGAAAAGAAAUCUCGAGCGAGCUGGUUGCCUGACUCCCUGCCCCGAUGACGAGGCCUUGCUUUUGAGGCAGGAGCAAAGACUGCUCCAGGUCAGAGAAAAAGGCAACGUGGCCGAGCGGAGAAGACAAGACCUCCGGCAGUGGAAAAACCGGCAGCUCCAGUGCCUGGCCGAGGAGUGCAAGGCCGAGUGGCAGGAGAUCCAGAAGCAGCAGGUCAGAGACCUGGAGUGGCUGUACUUAGCACAACUCCUGGGCAUGGGAGGCGGAUGUGGAAAGGACAGCCAGCCGGCCUUGGAGGAGCCUGUUCAGCGAGCAGCCGCCAGACAGCAGAGGGCCAAGGAGAAGCACAGAGCAGCCCUCAGAGAGGAGAAGAGUCACAAGGAGGAGCCAGCCAAGCAGUCGGCGUGGCGCACAAAGUCCCGGAAGAAGGCUGCAGGCAUAGAAAAGCAGGGUGCCUCCAAAAUCACAGGUGUGACGUGGCCUCCCCUCAUCCCCCCUGGGAAGAGAAAAGGGAAACAAAGGCCCUUGGUGAAGACCAGCGGGGGUCAUCGGCACCUGGACCCCUGGGUGAGCAGAGGGACAGGUGUGGACAAGCUGUAUCCACAUCCGGACAAAACCAGGCGUUUGGAGAGAGGGAAAAAGGUAACCUGGGACCGGAGGAGGCAGCUGGGGAAGAGGGAGGCUUCUUUCACUCAAGGCCUGAAACACAACCGUCUUGAUUUGAGUCCAGAGGGCAGACGGAAAGAUCUGGAACAGCUGUGGCCGGUUAGCUCAACCUGCAAAAGGGGAGCUGUGUCAGCAGUGCCCCCGGACAAGCACGGGAACUGGAAGAAGUGGCAGAGAGAGCUUCAGUUUGCCUUCGAAGAGCUGUUUGACACAAACAGAAAGCUGAAAAACCACCUGAAUCAGCACCUUGAAUUGUGGUCAAGAAACAGGCAGGGUCCCGAUGGGGAACCAGGCUGCCUAGGGGUGCAAGAUCCUAGCAUUGAGGCCCAGAGAGAGAAGAAGAUCCUAGAGGCAGAGACGGCGCCUGCCAGGGAACCCAGGGGCCCCGUGGUGGCCCACCAAACACUCUCCAAAAUCAACUUGAGGAAAUUACUAGACAAGAUGGAGAACCCAAAAUAUCACAGGUUGGCUAAGUGUGUGUUUGAAGAGAAAAACAAAAUAUCUAAAGCCAAUUUUAAGAGCGGAGACAAAGCCCCAUCUCCCGAGGCAGAAAUCUCUGUCGCUGAAGAGAACCUGCUCUCAUGCACUGCAGAAUCUGGACAAGAAUCCCCCGAAACAGUCAGGCUGGCAGAGGGCACCCCUCAACUGCACCCUCGAGAGCAAGCUGAUGGAGGGGGCGUAAUGGAGGCAAUACCAGCCCCAGAGACGGAGCAGGGGAGACAAGAGCAGCUGGAAUUGUUUGAGCAAACGGAACACCCAGAGAUGAACCUGGAAAGUGUCCACAAUGCUCAGCUGGAAGACAAGGAGAGCGAACAGAGGGAGGCGCACCUGAAGCCGUCCUUUGUUCAGGUCCGGUGGUGGGAGGGAGGACAGGGACCCAGCGUCGCUUCCCCCUCGGGCAUUAGCAUCAUGGACGACAACAGGCACAGUCAGAUGAUACGGGACCUUCAGCUGCAGAUUCUAGAGCAAAAAAAAUUGCACAAGCAGUUUCUCGAAGAAGCCAGGAAGCGCUUGCAGGAGUUUCAGAAGAUAUGUUAAAAGCCAGAGACCCACCCACGACAAAUACAUACCUGGGUGGUAUGUCAAAACUGCUGUAGUUUGUCGGGUCUGUGUUUGUGUCAUCUGCUCAGAGACCACUGGGUCUAUGUCAUACUGGGGCUCUAUCCUCUUACCAAUGGGGCCCUGGUGGCACAGUGGUUAAUAGGUCACCUGCUAACCAAAAGGUCGGCAGUUCAAAUUCACCAGCUGUUCCUUAGAAACCCUAUGGUGCAGUUCUACUCUGUCCUGUAGGGUCGCCAUGAGUUGGAAUUGACUCCAUGGCAGUGGGUUUGGUUUGGUUUGUCAUCUUACAAGAAGCCCUGGUGGUGCAGUGGUUAAGUGCUUGGCUGCUAACCAAAAGGUUGGCGGUUCGAGCCCACUGGUUGCUACAUAGGAGAAAGAUGUGGGUCUGCUUCCAUAAAGACUCAAAAAAAAAAAAAAAAAAAAAAAACCCAUUACCAUCAAGUCGAUUCCGACUCAUAGCGACCCUAUAGGACAGAGUAGAAUUGCCCUAUAGGGUUUCCAAGGAACGGCUGGUAGAUUCAAACUGCCGACCUUUCAGUUAGAAGCUGAGCUCUUAACCAAGGUGGCCCAUAAAGAUUACAGCUUUGGAAACCCUGUGGAGCAGUUCUACUCCGUCACAUUGGGUCACUGUGAGACUGCAGCUGGUUUGGAUUUUGAUUUGAUGAUCAAAUUAACAGAGAAACCCCCUUUCCAGAUGGGAUCAUAUCCACAGGUAUGAGGGUUAGGAUUCCAACACGUAUUUGCGGAAGGGGCACAAUUCAGUCUGUAGCACUGAGUAAAAUAUAUAAUGUCAGGUGGUGGCAUGGUGAGGUGUGAGGUCACUCUCCCCGUGUGUGUGUCCCUGGGGAGCCCAGCUGCCACCAAACACCAUGCUCCUUUGUACGGGAGAGGGGCGGCACCCAGGAAUGUUUCUCCGUCACGGACAGCUUGGUGGCAGAGCCUCCUGCCACCGCAGGUUAUCAUUGCGUGGGUCUCCUUGUCUGCAUCUGAUUUUCCACUUGAGGCCGAGUCCUCAGGAAGUGUUUCAUCCCAGCUUGCUGUCUUUCUGUCAUCUGCUUCUGGAAUGUCACGGGAUAGGGUUGCAAAGCCACCCAACAAUUUGAUCUAAGCUCAACAUGAUUAGGAAAGGAAUCUUGGGGUCAGGAGGGCUGUUGUUAUUCCCAAGCCAAAGGCAAAUUGCUUUGCGGGGGGGUACAUUGUGGUAGCCCUGGGACCCAGCCCAGUGCCUGUCGUCCAGGUGGGGCACACCAUUGCAGGACACAGGAGGUUACCUCGCACGCUCCUCUCUGUCACUGUGCCCCCCCACCCCCGAGCCUGAGAGGGCAGAUAGGGUGUUGUGGGGAUUGCUGGGGUUGAAGUCGUGCCCACAGUGGGACCGAGACGUAGGGUGACUUAGGUCUCCCUGGCUCAGCCGGGAAACCACAGUCUAAUGAAUGGACUAGCCUCCUUUAUGGGUUAUUUUUGUUUCCACUUUUGGAGGUAGUAUUUGUGGCCGUGUGUCGUAGGUGAGGAAUCACCCUUCUUGGCCACACUAGAGCUAAAUGUAGGUGCGGGGACGGGCAGCGAGACGUGAGGAGGAUGACUCAGCUCUGCCCACGGUCAUGCCUAUGCUGUCCCCUCACCGUGAGAUGAGACCCCUUCCCUUUCCAACAUGCCCCCCAGAAGGGCUGGGGUAUUUCUUUGCCCUGGUCAGUGCUGUGUGUAAUGAAACAGUCCACCAAGCCCCCCACCAAAAAAAAAAAAAAAGAUGGCCCUCCAGUGAUUCCCUGCAGGGCUUUGUGAGUAACUUUCCACUGCAUCCCUUGGUGGUAUCCAAAGGACGGCAGGGGGGUCCUGGCAGCCCCUGUCUUGGCUCCUCUCCAUCCACCUUGUCCUGGCUGGACUGUGGUCCAGGGGAAAAAGCAAAGGGCACUGUGGGCAGCUAAGAGCCUGACUCACUUGGCCUUGGCUCCUCGUGCUCAGCAGCCCCCCAGCAGCCAGCGUGAUGUCAUGGAGAGACCGCUCUGGAAUGGGCGUUGAGUCUCAGCUCUGCCCUUGACGCAAGCUCAGUGCUCUUGGACAGGGUGUUAACUGUCUCUGAGCUUCCCCUCCUACCCCUCGUCCCCAGAUUCCAGCCACCUCUCAUCACUGCCACCUCCAUUCCUGACUCAGUCACAUGGAGGGCUCUGCCUGGCCCCACUGAGUGCCUUCCUUGCACCCCUAAAACCUCCCUAGAGCCACAGGCACAGCAGAACGGCUGGGAUGGCAGCCUUGGGGGUCCGACCUGGAUCCAUGUUCUUGUGGACCAGCUACCUAACUGCUCCCAGCCUCCACUUAACUGCAAACAAGAGACCAUGCCGCUUGGAAGAGCACGGGUUCUAGAACCUUCCGUGAGGUUCUGCCAGGUGCACCGUGAGGCUCCCUGAUGUGGUGUUUGUCUUCAUCCUCCCCAUGGGCUCUCUGACUCUGAACACUGUGUCUUCUAGAACUUUCCAGCACCUGUGUGCUUUUCACCCUUAAUGCUCCAGCCCCUCCGCCUUGGGGACGACUUUCCUGUUCUCACCUCACCCUGCAUUACCAGCUCAUUCCUUCAUUGCGUCCUGCCUCGGGGGUCCUGCUCCCCUGCCUCAGGGACUCAAUCAGGAAGGCCCCUGUGGCUGACUUGGUGGUGCCAGGGUCACAUGCCCACAGGGCAGGGGCAGGCCAGCAGGGCCAGACAGGUGCCAGCCUGGGAGAAGCCGGGGUUGCAUUUUGCCCUGGGAUUGGCUGGGCGAGUGGGCAGUGGUGUGGCAGUGACUCUGCACAGGCGCCUGCUGCUCGCGGGUCAAUCUCUCCCAGCACCUCUCCCCUCCCCACUCAGCCAGGUACACCGCAUCAGUACAGGUAUACCCGAAACCUGUUGCUGAUGAAUCAAUUCUGACUCAUAGCAACCCUGUAGGACAGAGUAGGACUGCCCCAUAGGGUUUCCAAGGAGAGGCUGGUGGAUUUGAACUGCCGGCCACUUGGUUAGCAGCUGUAGCUGUUAACCUCUUCGCCACCAGGGCUGCAUAUAUGGCAUACCAGAAGCUCAGAAAGAUGUCAUGUGAUGAGAAAAAGAGGCUGUUUGAAGGAGGGCGUGGGAAGAAGGCCCCUCUCUGACCUGCGCUAGUUCUUCCAAUGAGCAAAUAAUAUAUUAAUUCUGUUAAGCCCUCUGAAAAGAGCAGUCCCUGGCUGGCUCAAAGGGCUAACACACUUGGCUGCUAAUCAAAAGCUUAGAGGUUCAAGUUCAGCCAGAGGAACCUUGGAAGAAAGGCCUGACUGUCUACUUCCAAAAGCUCCAAAACCGAAAACCAAACCCAUUGCCAUCAAGUCAAUUCUGACUCAUAGAGAUCCUCUAGGACAGAGUAGAACUGCCCCGUAGGGUUACCAAGGCUGUAAGCUUUACGGAAACAGACCGCCACAUCUCUCUCCCAUGGAAUGUCAGGUCGAUCAGCCAAGUGCUUAACCACCGCCACAAGGGAUCCAGGCACGAGGGCUCCUUUCCGAAAGGUUGCAGUCUUGAAAACCCAGUGGAGCACAGUUCUACGCUGCAGUACAUAGGGUUGCCGUGAGUCAGAAUUGAUCUGAAGACAACUUUUUUUGAGGGGGAGCCUGAAAAGACAUGACCAGCAUCUUACCCCCACUGUCCCCCUGUCAUGCCAGUAUAGGGUGCUACGGCUGCUGUAACAGCCCACCCCGUUCCCAGGCUGGAAGCAGAGGGCUGUGCUGGCUGGCUGCCGCCUAUACUCUCAGCUUAGGGAGGCAGGUGGGCUGGUAGACGCUGGCGCUUACUUGCAAGGCUAAGCUAACCAGGAAUAGAAAGAGGAGUGGGACAUGAGCCACCCAGAGCACUGCUUUUGAGAUCCCUGUUUCACUCUCUCUGAGAAAUACAGCCAUUGGGUUUGGCCCAUGGGUGACGGGCCUUGGAGCUCUUCAGUCCUACCCAGGCCCAAGACACCGGCCUCACCCUUGAGCACCAGCUUCCGAUACGAAACAGAGGCCUGGAAGAAAAGGUGACCCACCUAAGGUCAUAGCCUACCCGUGGCAGCAUGUGCCCCUGUCUGGGCCUCUUGGCAUCCCCUCCUCAGCCCGUGGGGUGGAUGAGGGGCGGCAGAGGCACCCGUGUCCCCUCAUGGCCCUCUUGUCCCCUCCCCGCUCACAGGGCUGAGCUUGGCUGCUCCCGGGGUCUUGGCGGAGAAAGUGCAGCGCAGCAGUUCCUCCACAAAGCCGCACUGUUCUCGGCAAAGCCUCCCGGGACGGGGCAUUUUUUUCAAAUGAUUCAGCAGCACGUGAGCGUGAGCGGGCAGGGCUGGGCCCAGGGCUUCAAAACCAUGACCCAGGCCUCUGGCACGAGCGCCUGCCGGGCUCACAGGGAGAUGUGGGAGGAAGGGCCUGGACGGUGGGCCAGGAUAGGGUGGGGUCCCACCAGGGCUGCUGAGGGGUCCCACCAGGGCGGCGGGGGUGGGGGGCUGGAUGGUGGAGGUCCCGCCAGGUAUGCAGAGGGAGAGGCUGGGUGCUGGGGGUCCCGCCAGGGCUGCAGAAGGGGGCUGGGUGGUGGAGGUCCCGCCAGGUAUGCAGAGGGAGAGGCUGGGUGCUGGGGGUCCCGCCAGGGCUGCAGAAGGGGGCUGGGUGGUAGGGGUCCCACCAGGGCUUCAGGAAGGGCUGGGUGGUGGGGGUCCCACCAAGGCUGCAAGGGGGCUGAGUGAUGAGGGUCCCACCAGGGCUGUAGGAGGGAGCUGGGUGCUGGGAGGGGGGUCCCACCAGGGCUUCAGGAAGGGGUUGGGUGGUGGGGGUCCUGCCAGGGCUGCAGGGGAGGAGGCUGGGCACUGAGAGGUCAGGGGGCUGGAAGCUGUGGCCAGGGUGGCGGUUUCCCUCCGCAGUCUGGGCAGGCACGCUGACACACUUAUAGAUGUUGUUCUCCUUGCCCCCCCUCCUCCACCGCCCAAGGGGAGACAAGCAAACAGGAAGGAAGCUGCGGGAAAGCUGGUUU